GCAACAAUUGUGCACAAGUGUCAAAAGCCGUCAUUUGGAUGGCUGUAAUUUAGUUCUUUAAAAAUAUUGAAUAAUCGAAGUUUUAUUUCAUUAUACGUCGUGAGAACGUUGUUUCAGUGGUUAUCCAGACUAUUCGUGCCGAGACAGUUUCGCAGGAAACAGUGGAAUCCUGAACCAAACCAGUUACUGAUUUGAAAAAUCACGGUGAUCAAAAGUGGUUGUGUGUACAGAAAGUAAAUGAACAAAAUGACAACGUGUAACUUAUGACGUAAUCAUCUCUGAAGUCUUCCCUCGCCCAAGACUGAGCCUGUGAUAGCCGCCGACCGACAAUAAUAGUUGCCAGUAUAUGGAUACACGUUGUAUAACUACACUUCUGUAAAUCUCGGUGGUCGAUGCCCGGUAGGACGGCGAACGGGCCAACCGUCAUGUCGGCCCCGGCGCGACACCCCCACUUCUACACCGUCGAGGUCGGCGACACGAGGUUCACCAUCCUCAAGCGCUACCAGAACCUCAAACCUAUCGGAUCAGGAGCGCAGGGCAUUGUCUGUUGAUCGUGCUCGAGUAUAACAAAUAGUUAUAACCAUGGUUCAGUAUUACGCGGUGUCGCUCGGCGACGUGGUGUUCAAGAUACCCACGCGUUACACGGAGCUAGUGCGGCACGGCGCUGGCGCGCAGGGGAUAGUUGGCGCCGCGUACGACACAGUGACGCAACAGAAUGUGGCGAUCAAGAAGCUGUCGCGCCCCUUCCAGAACGUCACGCACGCCAAGCGCGCCUACCGGGAGUUCAAGCUCAUGAAACUUGUUAACCAUAAAAAUAUAAUCGGCCUCCUAAACGCCUUCACACCCCAGAAGAGCCUGGAGGAGUUCCAGGACGUGUACCUGGUGAUGGAGCUGAUGGACGCCAACCUCUGCCAGGUCAUCCAGAUGGACCUGGACCACGAGCGGAUGAGCUACCUGCUCUACCAGAUGCUGUGCGGCAUCAAGCACUUGCAUCUUGCCGGGAUCAUUCACAGGGAUCUGAAGCCCUCAAAUAUCGUGGUAAAGAGUGACUGCACUCUUAAAAUCUUGGACUUCGGGCUGGCGCGCACCGCCGGCACCACGUUUAUGAUGACGCCGUAUGUCGUCACGCGCUAUUACCGCGCGCCAGAGGUGAUCUUAGGCAUGGGCUACACAGAGAACGUGGACAUCUGGUCGGUGGGCUGCAUCAUGGGCGAGAUGAUCCGUGGCGGCGUCCUCUUCCCGGGGACGGACCACAUCGACCAGUGGAACAAGAUUAUAGAGCAACUGGGGACGCCUUCAGCGGCGUUCAUGGCGCGCCUGCAGCCAACAGUGCGGAACUACGUGGAGAACCGUCCACGCUACGCCGGAUACUCCUUCGAGAGGCUGUUCCCCGACAUACUGUUCCCGUCCGACAGCAACGAGCACAACCGGCUCAAGGCGUCGCAGGCGCGCGAUCUGCUCUCGCGCAUGUUGGUUAUCGAUCCGGAGCGACGCAUCUCUGUCGACGAGGCGUUACUCCACCCUUACAUCAACGUGUGGUACGACGAGGGAGAGGUCAACGCGCCGGCUCCAGCGUCGUACGACCACAGCGUGGACGAGCGCGAGCACACGGUGGAGCAGUGGAAGCAGCUCAUCUACCAGGAGGUGGUGGAGUACGCCGCGCCGCCGCCGCCGCCGCCGCCCGGCCACCCGCCGCCCGACCACGCGCAGCCCGCGCUCACCACAUAGGUUUCAACCGAAUUGACCGCCGAUGCAUCCACGAGUAUAGUGCAAGGACAAUUUUCUACAGGCGGCGCGACCUUGAACGAUUGUCGCCCCGGCGGGAAAGUCAUGUGAUCGAAUAUAACCUGUUACAUACAAUAA